AUGUAUGGCCAUGAGAGCAUUUCAAUUGAAUGUAAUAAUACGGACAAUCGUGAAUCUGCGAUCAAAAUCAAUCAAAACGGUGAUAAAAGAGUCAAAAAUUUAGUUUCAACAGAGCCAUGGUCGACAAAUUCAUCACAUAAUUGUGAUGAUAAUCAAAGAAAUAAUCUAUCAGCGGCUCUUCCAACUCAGAUUCAAUUAAAGAAAGUAAACUCUUCCAGAACUGAGUCACGCGAAUCAUCUUCAAAUUUCAAUGAUUCAAGUAAACAUGAGAUUGUUGUUGGUCGAUUGAAUAAUAAUGAGUCAGUUCUGACUGCAUCAAAUGCUAUUCAAUCUAAUCUUUCAGCCCGAUCUUUAACAAAACCAAUAAGAAAGGAGAAGAAAGAUGAAGUAAAUCAAUCAGCACAAUCAGCGAAUGCAUCAUCAACAUCAGUAGCAUCUUCAUCAACAACGAUUACAACUACAAUAGCAACUACAGUAGCAUCACCAAUUCAAUCAGCAACAGCAAAAUCAUCUGAGAUAACAACAGUCAAUUCAAGUAGCAAACUUAACCCACGGACUGUUAAUGAAAACAAGCAUGCUCGUAGUCCAGAGAGGAAAAAGAUGCCAAAGGCUCAAGACUUUGAUCUUGUAUCAUCGGCAUUUCCUCCGCUUCCGAGCUCAGAAGUAGAUGCUCCAGCAGACGCACACAACUUUCCCAAGUUAGGUUCAUCAAACGGCAUCUCUUCAACUUCACCAUCAAGUGAAUGUAAUAAUACGGACAAUCGUGAAUCUGUGAUCAAAAUUACUUUAAAUUCAAAUUCCAAUGGAUCAUUAGCCGACAUAGUUCGAGGAACUGUCUCUAAGACAGGAAAGUCUCUUCGUACAAUCAGUCAAACUGGUCGGAUGAGUUCAACAUCAUCGGGUGAUAAAAACAGUAGUAAUAGUAAUUGUAAUAAUAUCAAUUAUAUUGGUGGUAGUAGUAGCAGUACUUUUGUUAAUAACCCUACUCUUGCCUCAAACAAACACAGUAACAAACAUAACAGUGAUAUAAUGAAAGUUAACCUUGGUAACUGCAAAAUGGUAAUAAUAAUAAUGAUUACAAGAUGAACCGAAAUAUUGAUAUAGCGACUUCUAUUAAAGGUGAUAAUCAGGAUGGUGUUAUUGUUAUUGAUGAUAAAGAAGUUGCCAAAGCCAGUAUUGCCGAAAGUCCUUCUGUUGAAUCUUUUCCAUCCUCGUCUCCAGCAUUAACUAAUGAAGCCAGUAUUUCCUAGUCUCGAAAAUAUUUCCAAUUCAACAACUACGAUGACUAAAGUUCUGUGCUAUCUUAAGUUUCCGCCAAAUGACUUCAAUUUCAGAGACAAAGAAGCCUGCGAUUUGUUCGACUCGACUGACGACGUAUCAUUGCGAGUUACACUUAAUGGAGGUUUACCUGUUGAGGAUAAAUCAAACAGUCAUCAUCAUUCUUUCUUUAUUUUUUGUGAAACAAUGCUUUUUUCUUGUUGACGAAUGACGACCAUUUUGAAUAUUUUUCAAGCAACUUUAACGGUGAUCUUUUAAAAGUUGUUGACAAUUUAAAACGAUCCAAGUAUCAUUUGAAACUAUUACAAUCUCCAGUGAUUAAAGAAAAUCUGAGCAAGUAUAUUUGGUAAAGAGAUCAAUUAAUGCAUUUUGUCACUCAAAUUUUUUACUUAAACACAAUUUAUAAAUAUACACACUAUUU